GCUUUUCCCCUCUUUGGAGGGCAGUCGGGCUUUUCUGAAUUGCUUUUGUCUCUUCGGGGAGACUUCGGGCUCUCACUGAAACGCCUGUGAUCUCUGGAGGGGCUUCUGGUGUCCUUGAUAGCUUUUGGUGAAUUUUUACAGCUGCCUUCCUGCCAAAUCCUUUCCUUUUUGUAUUCUAAAAGCGUUUUCCUACAAGCUGGAUACAUUAAAGGCUGUCAAAAAGCCCACAUCCUGAAAAGGGCAGAGUAAGCAUUUCCUCUAACUCACGGGGAGAAAUGGAGAAGUGUAUUUGUAUGAAAGUUAAAUUUCUAAUUAAUCCGACAUGCUUACCCUGGUAGCUAGCCACACGUGAGUUCUGUAACUAAAUAUUUACAGAGGGUAUCUAUUCUCGGGGCAAAUAUGUCCAACGGCAGUGACACAGGAGGACGGGGCUAUAAUCUUACCAGAACUGAACAAAGAGCUGCUCUCAAGGAGGAGGCUUACGCGGAGAGCGCAGCCCGAGAUCCAUGCGUUGAAAAGAGCAGGCUAACGCUUGCUGGUUUUAUCAUGUGUCUUCCCGGCUCCUUGAGGAAUACCCUCCAGGGAGGCUUUAACAAAAGACCCCGUCUUGUCACCGGCGGUUAUGGUGUUUGUCUAACCCUGGGGCUGAGCUGAGCUGCAGAUCUCGUGCUGCUCUGCAGUACAACGGCUCCUCUGUGCGCAGAGAACUUCAGAGGACGUGGAUUUUCUGUGGUUUCUUCUGGACCAUCUGUUAUUCUUCUGCCGGGAGCUGCUUGGGCUCAUUUCUGCCUGGGAUGAGGGGCCAGGAGCAGAGGGAAGGGCCGGGGGUGUGCGAGCAGAGGUGGCAUCUAGCUGUCAAACCUCAUGCUGGAAGGGAGAGUGGCUAAAGGUUGCCAUUAGUAACGCCUCAUUAAUUUCAUCCCCGGGUAAAUGAAGCGGGUACAAAGAAAUUGGUACGGUGGUGGGAGAGGAGCCGGAGGAUGGGGUCACGCGUUUCUCGGUAGGAACUUCCCCUGCCCCGCUUAAGGGAAAGGAAAAGUUGCGUCGCUGUUGGGUGCUGGGGUUGGAAACGCCUGUCCUGGGGUAAAAGUGGGCUGGGGGGGGGAGCGGGCUCGAGGGGUUGCCUUUCCACCUGUUCUGUGUGCCGCUCUUGGCGUGCACACGCGAUACACUCAUUUGGCCUUUCCGAGCAUCUGUGUCAGAUGGUGGCUUUCCUGACAUUAAACGCAGCGAGGAGCUGGCGCCGAGGAACACCAAAGCCAAUUAGCGCUGGGAUGCUUCCCUCAAAAGGGAUCAGCUUGUGCUUUUCUCUGUUUUUUUUUUUUUUUCCUUUUUGUGAAAAAGCUAAACUGGGACACGAUUUCAAUUAGGGAGCUAGCAGGGGCAGCUGCGCGGCACGCUUGCUGAGAGUCACUCGUGGGUCUCGUGUAACGGAUCGGGUUGUGCUCGGCGUCACCUCUGCCCUUUGGGUAGCGGGUCUGCCCGGGGUGAGGCUGGAACGUGGCCCGGGGCGGGAGGAGAAGUGGGACAGAGGGACAGCGGGGGUGUGAUGGAGCCCUCUUCAACUUCCCUAGUGCUCCAAACCCGGUGAAAGGCAAGCGCAGCGCCGUUACGGUGAAUAACCUGCAGGUCAGCACGCUGGCGGUGGGGCUGGUGCCGUUGUAGGGUUUGGUUUCCAGCUCGAGCCCCGGGACCAGGUGGAGCAGGGCAGCAGUCGGGCUCCUCGUGGCUCGCCCUGGCUGUUCGUGCUGGGGCUGGUGUGCUCCGAGCAGUGCAGUGCUGGCCUCAGCCCUGGGCUCUGCAGCAGCUGGCAGCUCUUUAUGUAAUUAAAUUUCUUACACGCCACAGCCCAGCGCUAGCACCAGGUAUGGCAGCUCCAAAGACACCCAGCGAUGUCACAGCCCUGCAGGAGGACGGAGAAAUUCCCUCCUGGCACUGGCCUGAGCUCAGCCCUUUCCAGGAGGGGAGGGUAAGUGUGCAGCAUCCCUCCCCGGGCUGCUGCUCUGGGGGAGAGAAGGAAAGUGGCACUGGGAGAAGCUGCAGCUGCCCUUUCCUCUCUCAGCCCCUGCCCUGCUCCCCUUGUCGCCACCCUGCCAGGUUUGGGGAGAUCCCUGGCCCUGCUUCAGGCAGCCAAAACCACUCUGCUGUUUCACCCCACGGUCCUUCGUUGUCUGAAUGCCGUGGAGGAGCUAGGUGAGGUGACAUUGUGUGCUGUCAGCAGAAAAAAAAAGCUGCUGGCUUAGGUGGUACAACCCAGAGCUCCGCUCUGAAGACAAAGAAACGAAGUUGGCCUGCCUCGGUGUCGGGAACGGCUCGGCCUUAAGUGAUUCUGCAGUCCUGGGGACUUGGACUUGCAUCACUGGGUCGUGGCUGGAGCAAAGUGUUCUGCAGGUCUGCCUUUAUCUCUCCUGGAGUGCACUGCACAUAAACCCAGCCCCGAGGCUCAGACAGGGCGCCUGCUCUGCCUUUAUUUUUCGCUCCUGACUCCGUAAGGCAGUGCAGGAUGGGGCGAGGAAGGGGCGUGUUUUCCCAAACAGCAGCAUUUAGCCCCGAAGGCGGUGGGGAAGGAGCUCUGGAGCUCUGGCAGCAGCCCGCACAGGUGGCUGGCUCCCAUGUAACGCUGGUUAAGCAGUUCUUUGAAAGCACUGAAAGUCUGACUGCAGGAUUUCUUCCUCUUAGGGAGAAGGCAGAGGAAAGGGCUGAGGUCAGCUCCCGACCAGGGGUCAUGUCUAAAGUACUUAAGAUCCCUUUUUCUGCUGGGGAGUUUGUCGCCUUCCCCUUCGCAGCUGACCCGGCACUCCUGGGCUGGGGUCUCUGGUGCCAAGUUCCCGAUCCGCUGAGGUCUGUGGGGUGGGAGCGAGUGGGGCCUUAGCAGCCUGGGCUGCUGCAGAGGCAGGCGUAUCAGGCGAGAACACGGUGCGCAAGGUUGUAUUUCCUUCUGUUUGUCCGCCCUGUUUCCCUAACUAAACACCGGCCAGCUGGGCUUUGUUUGGAGAGGUGCACGCAGCUCCCACGCCGAGCUUCUGCGCGCCAGCCCCGAUAGCGCUGCUAUCCCGAUCCCUCUGCAGAGACGCGGGCUGGGCAGAGCUCUCCGGGUGACAAACCCUGAACGGAGCAGGGAGGUGGCACCCCAGGCUGGCUGGCUGCUGACCGGAAAGUCACCGAGCACUGGGAGAGCCGAGGAGCGCAGCGAGGAGCCCGAGGGCAGGGGCAGCCAGCUCCUCUCACCAGGGGGUUUUGCAGCACGGGAAUCAUUUUCAGCCACCGCCGCUCUUCAGACUGCCGUGUCCUGGCUUACCCCUGCGUGCGUAGACCUGAGACAAACUCGCAGCCCUUUCCUGGCUCCCUGCUGCAGUCACACCUUGGGGUAGGAUGGAGGCUGAUGGUUUGAUUUUCCCCCGGUGACUGACAGACGAGGCUAACGGGGGUUUCAGGGCUGGAGGGGACCGGUUUAGAGCUGUUCUGUAGCUCGCAGGAGACAAACGGGUUUUGCAGUGCAAGGGGAAGAUCGUACUCUUGACCCUUGGCUGCCUCAUCCAAGUUGAGCAGGCUGGAGCCGGUUCAGGGGGAGUCAAAUUAGAGUUCCUGGAAAAACCCCGCGCUGCCCCUAGUCCGGAGGCUUUGCCAAGCCUCAGCUCAGUGGGCUGGGAGGAACGCUGCCAGCAGCGAGUGCCCCUGCCUCCAGGAGCUCUUCCAGGAGCUCUUCGUGCCUCCUUGUGCCUGGUGCUGCCUUCAGCUAGCGAAGGAAGGUAAGAGCUGAUAGGGGACGGAGGUAAGAGGAGAGAUGGCAGUGCCACCACCAGCUUCUGCUCCGUGGUGGCGCCGUUUUUGCAGGUGCCACGGUCCCAAGAGUGUGAAACAUCUUGUGGGGUAUUUCUACGCGAAGCUCUCGCAUCAAUAUUUCCAGGAGAAAGCUUCUCACUUUCCCAGCAGUGCUAUUUUCUGCAGCCGGCUCGUUUUCACAGGGUGGGUGAUGCUGGUAUCAUAAAAUGUUGGUUGAAAAUAUUUUUUGCUCUGCGCAGAUUGAAAAAAGACAAACAAACCAAACACACCGAGCGAGUGAAUCACGGCCACCUCCUGUUACAAGAGCGUGACACAAAAACAGCAGACAUGGGCAAACUAAUAAAAAAAAAAAAACAAAAAAAGUUGUGGCUGCCUCGCUGCAAUGCUCGGGGCUGGGCCAGAGCCAGAUCCGCAGCGCUGUGCCAGCCCUCGGGCACGGCCCUGGGCAGAGCUGGGGAAAAUGGGGCUGGGAGCACUUUGUAGGUGAUGUAGUCCAGCUCGGUGCCCUAAGGCAGGCCAAACUAAAUAUAAACUUCAAUACACAAUGCUUUUUAAAGAAGCAGGAGGGCUGGGAUUGGAGCUGGAAGGAGGAAAUUGUGCAUUGUGCAGCUCUGUCCUGCUGAGCUGCAGCCUCUGGAGCGGAGCUAUUCCUGGGUGCCCCAAAAAUAGGACUUGUUCCUCCUGUUCCUCAUCCUCCCGUUCUGCCUUGCCGUGCCAGCUCCACCCGGCGUGCCUGUGUCCGGUGUGUGCUGGGAGGCAGGAGGAAUGCUGUAAGGCUUACAAACACCUCCUGCAAUCUCCGUGAGUUUCAGAGCGGCUCCGGUACGGAGCAAGGGGCUCCGUGCCCCUAAUAAACCUCAUUCAACCCGUAGCAGAGCUCAGGUUCUCUACUGCCGUACCUACCCAGCCCCAAACCUCAACCCAGUUGCCUUGGCAGCCCCCAGCAGCUCUGACUCUGCUUAGUCUGGAGUGAAUUGUUUGCCUGCGUUGGCUGCGGAGAGGAGCAGGUGCCACGGGCUCGAGGAGCCGUGGGAGUUUCUGUGGUGAACGCGGGGAUGUUUGCAGGCAGACACAACAGCCGGAGGGUUGCUCACACUGGGAAAGGGUUGGAAGGGUCGGGAAGUCUGACCGGGGUUCGGAUGCCUGGGCAGUUUUUGCAAGCUAGCAGUGGCUUGCUUUCCAAAUCUGACUCAUGCAGCCAAAGAUGGGCAGGGAAGAGGGGAUGUGGUGUGUGCUGGGGACAGCAGGAAGGGGGUGCUUGAAGGUCUGCGUAGCCUUCCCUGCCCGAAGCCAGAAGGGAGGUGGGAAGCCUGCAGCAGGGAUGCAGAGAGCACGGCAGGGCCCUUCUCUGCUGGCUCAAGUCCCUUUGCUACGUGUGUUACCUCAUCUGCUUCGUGUAGGGAACUGGAACUUCGUCCUUGCUUCGGAGCCGCGCAUCUCUCCCCGCUCCGUGAAGCUGGCGCCCCGCAGAGGCUGGGCAGGAGCAGCCCGUGCCCACCUCCUGGCCCCGGGCAGGGGCUGGCAGCGGAGGGCUCGCAGCCCGAAGGAUGCUCGGCUGCUGCAGGCUGUGCUGCCGUCGGCAGGGAGAUGGCUGCCAGUUAGGGUAAUAGGGAAAGCGGGGCUUGUGCACAGAGGUGCUCGCGGCAGUUUUGAUCCUGGAAGGCUUUUUAUGAGAAGCCACCCUCUGGAAGUUGAUUUGCUUGCUAGGAGGGGCAGCCGCACUCUGCAGAUAGCUCUCCUGCUAAAAACAUCCUUUUGUCCUGGGUUUUCCAGGGGCCGUACGACGAAACACCGUAAUCACAGGCUGAGGCUCCCCCGGCUUCCAGCGGAACGCGGCGCAGCUCGGGCCUGUUAUUACGGAGAGCAGCUUUUGGAAGGGAACAAAACCUGGCUCUAAAUUUAGCACCCCCAGUCGGUGGGGUGCAGCCUGCGGCUCGCUCGGGGCUGGCAGGGAAAACGUACCUGCGAGAUGACAGCCCUGGCUACGAGCUGCCUCCUGGGGCACCUGGGAAAUCAGAUCUGCUCUGGACUCAUCUUGCAGAGGCACGGUGCUGCAUAAUUUUGGGAGGGGGGACGUGCAGAAGGGGCCAGGGCAUGUUGGUAACGUGUUAGCGUGCCUCCUUCCUGCUGCCUGAGCGUAGAAAGCCCCGCAGUGCCUGUCAUACAGUCAUUUUGCGUUUAAUUAGGAGAAACCUGCCUUUCCUGGAGCGCCAAACACUGGCUCGAGGCUUCAGAGGGCUGUGCGGUGCUGCCUGCGCUCGCAAAAUCCCGGCUGAUGGCAGGAGCUUUGAAUUCAAGGCUCGUUUCUUCUGGCCGCAGGUUAGGGGGCUUUUCUUCUUUGUUGCUCGCUGAGGGGGCGUUCGGGACCGACGUCUGCUCUGGCUGCAGCUUGGCAGCCCCUUGCAGAGGAAAUAAAGGCUGUGCAGCUCACAGAAAGGCUUUGGAGCAGGCGUGCCCGUGCCCAGCAGCUGCAUUACCAAGCGGCGAGGUUUUUCUCUUUCUUCCUGCCCUGGCUCACCCCUGUGCUGAAUAGCACUGCCAGGGCGCUCCAGAGCUUACCAGAAAGAGUGGAAAUCAUUAAUCUGCCAGAACGCUUCGUGUCUUUGAUGCCAUUUUAAGAAAGCACGUUUGUCUGGCUUGGCUGUGCUCUCUGAGCUCGAGCCUUUCCCCCGCGUUAGCACAGCCCUUCCGGGCACGUCGGGCCGUGCAGGGGCUGAGAGCUUGAGCAGGAACAAAGCACUCGAUGACAUAUCCCCGAUAACGCCAGCUGAAUUGUUUCCUCUGCUCUGGAGCGUUUUGCUCUUGAUGGCACGAACAUCCCGCGAUUGCAGGGGCUUCAGGAGCGGCCAGGGAGGAAGCCAAAGAGAAGGCAAGCAGCGGGGUUUGGUGGCAGCAGGGACCGUGGCUUGGCUCGGGGUGGCAAAGACCCUCUGCAGAGAGGCGGAAAGACGGCGGAGGUUUCUUGGCAGGUGAUUAAACGGGGCUCGCCUCCAGGCUGUCUUGGGGGCGAGACAGGCUGAGAAAUAGCAAGCAGCUGAACUCCGCCGCUCGCUUGCUGCAGACUUAAAAGAAGAAAGAGGAGCGAAACGCGUAAGGCGGGCAGGUGUGGUUUUGAGUACCGUGGGCUUCCCAGCUACGCGUCUCCCCCCUGUGCUUUCACACCUCCUGUGGUGGCAACAGCGGCUUUCUGCAAGCGCCGUGACCCCUUUGUGCGUCCCCUCGAUGCUCUUCUGCCUGCAGCGGGCUGCUUCUGCUGCCCGGUGCUGGGCUCGGUGCUUUUCCACAUGAAGGGAUGGUCACAGAUGGAAAAUAAAGAGAGCAGCCCCAGCACUCGCUCUCAGCUUGGGAGAGCUUUCAGUCCAGCUUUCAGGAACCAAACCACAGCAGUUCCUGCAGGAUGGAGGGCACGGGAAUGUUACCGUCAGGGCUUUUACAGCCUAGGCUGAUGAGAAAGCACGUUGCUUCCAUGGGGAAACCAUUUACGCUGUCCUUUUGGACACACCCUUGUUUUUUAGGAUGCAGGAAGUGCAUCCCUGGGAAUGCGGCUGCAGCAAGGCAGCGUGCUGACCCCACCUGGCCAGGACCCUUCCCUGGCCCACGAAGGCGCUGUCGUGCGGUCACGAAAUGCUUCGGAGAUGACUGAUGCCCCCAGAGGGGUUUGUCUGACCUGCUUUCCUGGUCCCUGCUCUUCCCAGAGCAGCCGGCCACAACCUCUUGGACUCCAGCUGUACUAAAAUGUUUGUGUUGGUGUUUUUUCCUGCCCAGGGACGGCAGAGAUGGAGGCAGGCUGGCCGCAGCCCUGCUGCGUAAGGCUCUCGUGGUGGGCAGGCGGGCAGCAGCUGCCAGGCGUGGGGCACGAGCGGGGCUCCCCCCGUCACGGGGAGCUGCGUGGUCGCCGAGAGGGCUUGGAGGAGCAGGAAACACGUGCGUCUGCAUCUGUAUCUUCAGCACAAGACAUUUUUAGUGCACCGGCUGCCUUGUUUCCACUGCUGCUGCCCCACGGCUCUGGAGUGGUUUGGGGGGAUUUGGGGGAUGAGGCCGGGAGUGUCAGCAUCCUAAAAACACUUCUGGGGAGAGGAGAGAGACCGGGAGGGGAAAGCAGGCAGCACGAAGCCCUUCCGAGAUGCUCUGGAGGGAGGUGAGCUUGGAGGGGUCAGGGAUAGGAGCCUCGAGGGCUGGCUCAGUUCUGCUCCUUUCGGUCUGGUCCCUUUGAGAAGUGACUGCUGUCACCUCCAGCCAGGGGGGAGCAGGGGAUGCCAGGCCAGGUUUUACCCGAGCAGUGUGAAGGAAGUGGUUUUACUUCUUUCUCAGAAACCCCCCAGGCAAAAGCGUAUCUCUUUCGGCACCUCGAGAUGGCUGGGGGCGUGUUGGAGACCUUGUGAUUCACAGCCCUCCAAUUCCUCUGGGGCAGGUCAGAACAAAACCCCCAGGGUGCCCCUCCUGGGUCAUCUCAUCUAGAGAAAAAGCAUUUCUCUAAAACCAGUACUUUUUGUGGAAAAGUUCCAGAAAGAGCGAUCCCAAGGGGAGGGCGAGACAGCUCUUGAAGCACCUCCCCGGCCCAGCCGGCUGUGAUGACAGAGACUGGUUUCCUUGUGUCACGAUCCCAUGUGAUUUCACGGAGCAAGGGAAACCUCAUGGUGAAACUGGAAGCGUGGAGUGGUGUCGGGGCUGGGUGAGUAAGGCAGUGAGGCUGGGUUCUUCUCCCUGCCUUUAAAGGACAGCUGCCGACGGCCCGUGCCGUGCUGCCUAUCGUGCAUCCGGUGGCAUUGAGCCUGGGUGGCCCCGAUACUCCCCAAAGAGAGGCGAUGAGCAGGACCUCACAACGCAUUCCUGGAUUUGCUCAGCCCUGACUCACGGCCGGGCUCCCGGCACAGGUGUAAGCGCUGGGCCCCCCUCCGCAUUGCCCGGCCGUGAGUCAGCACCGAGAGGAGGCUUUUCGUCCUGUCUCCGAGCCAAGCUCAGCCCGCGCAGCGAAGAUGGAUCACCGCAGAGACGGUGACGUGCCACGGUGAAGGUCAUAACCCCUUCCGUCAGCUCAGGAAGGAACACACAAAGCCGGGGAAACAAGGGGGAAAGGAAGGAGCCAGGAAAGGAUCGGCGCUGUGAUUCAGGCAGGACCUACAGGCAGCAGGGCAGGUGGCGGUGUCACCGGCGCCAUGCCGGCGGUGUUGGGUGCGUGACGGUGUUGUCACAAGCCCUAGCGCAGCUUAGCAAAGGGGUUUGAAAACCCCUAUGUGCCCCUAAAGGGCUCAAAUCCUCCUGUGGCUGCCUGGUUGGGAGCUUUUCCAGCCGGGGCUGCACAGAUGCUCCCUGGUCCCCGUGGUGCAGAGCAAGGGCAGUCCCAGGGAGCAGGUGAAUUCCCUGCUCUGCCUGAUUUCUCCUCUUCGUUUAUCCAGGCAGGGUCCCCAGCUGACAAGAGUUUUAUCAGCAGUGAAGGAUUUCUCUGGGACGUUGCUCUCGGCUGCAUCAGCGCUGUGCCCGAGAGGCAGAAGGUCCCCAUCUCUUUCUCUUUCUUUUUUUUUUCCUAAUCUUUUUUUCAGUUCUUCAUUUUAAAACGCUGGCGUCAGAGCAGAUCCAAACAACCCCGUCCAUUUCAGGGUAGCACCAGGGAAUCGUUGCCCUACAAGGACUCGCCUGCUGCCCGUGACCCAGCUGAGCAUCGGGGGGGCCAUGGUGGGGCUGGCAGCGUUUCCCCUUCAGCCAGGAGGACAGCGGAGCUUGCAGCUGACUCAGCCCCCAAGCUGGGAACGGAGCUGCUCUGAUGAAUUUGUCUGUAACGAGCCCGCACUCCCACGCUGUUUCUCUGGCUGGAGCAUCUGCAGACAACUGCUCUGGGGAGGGGGCUGCGAGCAGGCUUCUCCUGCGUCCAGAGCACUGCCCAGGCUCUUGGCUCCUGGAUCCGCAGCAAACCAGAGCCCUUUGGCUCGUCGUUAAAGCACUGAUCCCCCAAGCCAUGCCUGAGGAGGUCAGCCUGUGCCGUCCUGCGCCCCGUUAGAAGCAGAAUUUAUCUGUGUCACUCUGUUUAGGGUGGGCCUCCCUGCCCUUGUCUGCAGCAUCUCUUGUCCUUCAUCUCCUCCAUUACCUCACCCUCCAGGCAUCCUCCGAGAUGCACUAGGCUCCCUCCCUCUCCCUCGUUUAAUAUUAUUAUUAUUCUUCAAUCUGCUGUGGCAUUCCUCAUCUCGCCGGCAAAGCACAAAGCUGCUCUUUCUCCUAUUCAUCCCUCCGGCCCCGGGUUAGCAUUUCAAUUGACAAUUGUGCCAUUGAUUUGUGUGCUGACAGCGGGGUUUGCAUUAAAUGCCAGGCGGAGAGACUCGACCGGGUUAGCAGGGCCCUGGAAAUCUGCCCGCCCCAUGUUUUCCGAAGCUUGGGGUCGUCCCCUUCUCUGGGGACAUAGCCUGGGCACUGCGCCGUGCCCUCAGCCUUUAGAUGCCCUCAUCAUCAUGCCCGGCUCUCGGAGCUUUUUCUACCCCAAAACCAUGGCACGGGACAGCAGGGCUGCUCCCACGGACCUGCGGGAUGUGAAAGGGAUCGAACCUCUUGCCAAAGCCUGGCUGUUGAAGGCAGAGCAGGGGCUGAAGGCCAGCUUCACAGGCCAGCCAGCACCCUGACCCGGAGGCAGGGGGACCCAGCACCCGCUCACGGAAACACCUUUAGAAGUCUCCCUUCCAGAUCAGGGCAAAUCAGAGCUGCAAACGCCCCUGGGCCCUGGCUAGCAGCGCUGUUUAUUCUCAGCUUGGUGAUUCAAUGCAGUCCCCGGGGAGCAGCAGGAUAAAUAACGUGUUGGCGCCGACCAAAUUAUUGUUUUGGGCUUGUUUGUUUCUGGCUGCUUGAAGAGAAGUGUGUCCUUGCUAGGAAGCAGGUUGGCACAGCUCUUGGAGCCGACCGAACGGGGCUUGUGAAAGAGGAGCUGUUAGGAAAAAGCCCCAAAACGAAACCAAGGGUAGCACGAUCGCAGUGCCAGGUGCGUGCAGGAGGGCGAGGUGGAGGGAGAGACGUGGGGAAUGGCCACAGAUCGAGGGCUGGAGGCUUGAAAACAAGAGCAAAAGUGUGCUGAAGUCCAGCCAAACCUGCCCGUGGCGUGUUGGCCGUGGGUUGUGCUGGCUGGGGAAGCUUUCCUGCAAACGUCCCAUGCGUUAGCCAAGAGCCGCAGCCCGGAGGAUGUCCCAGCCAGCCACCCCGAGGAGCUCCCCACACCACUCGUGUACUGAAUCGGGGGGAAAAGCCCUGAAUAAUCAGGCAUUCAGGAGGCUGAGAGACCUCUAAUACUGCUUUUUUUUUUUUUUAAUUUUGGGCUCUGCGGGGUGUUGGCAGGACCCCCGUGCAGCAUGCUCCGGGCAGGGAAGAAGCAUUGGGCUGUGCGGCGAUCGUCCUCUGCCCCUGCCAAGUGGCCCUAUAAAUAGAGAGGGACACGUGCCACUGAUUAAUUGCCUGUCUGUGCAGCCAGCCAGCUCCCGAGGCAGACGCAAUCUUUGUCUGUCUGCUGGGAACAGCAGUGCUUGGCAGGAGAGGCCCUCUUCUUGGGAAAAAGGGAGAAGAGGCAGAUGUGGAAAGGGAGCGCCAGCGAGGCGCGAGGGAGUAUGCCUUUCCGAGGAGCGAGAAGUACCCCGUCUUUUAUCACAAGGAAAACACCUCGGCCAUCUACGUCGGGGGGGAGGGGAGGCUUUACUACCACGACUUCGCGACCUACAAGAACUACACGGAAGACUUCCCCGUGGAAAAUGGAGGGCAGUGCUUGAAACCUGGGAGUCCGGAGGACAAUAAAAAUUUCAUCACCUUAGUGGCGAAGCACGGAGAUGGGAUGUUGGUGUGCGGGACCGGCGCCUGCGCUCCCACCUGCUGGAACUUGACGCAGAGGCAGAAGAGCUCUCCGCAGGACGGCAGAGGUCUUGCUCCUUUCACCCCUGACGCAAAUUCCCUUGUCGUCGUUGACUAUCCUGACAUCUACUCCACCAUCAAGAAGAGCCAGCAGAACGGCAAGAUACCCCGUUUCCGGCGAGUGAGGGGGGGUGGAGAGCUCUACACAAGCGACACGGUGAUGCAGAACCCUCAGUUUGUCAAAGCCACCACAUUAAAGCACGAUGAGAGUCACCAGGACAAGAUUUACUACUUCUUCCGUGAAGACAACCCAGACAAGAGUCUCGAGGCACCCAGGAACAUCUCCCGAGUGGCCCAGCUGUGUAAGGAAGAUAAAGGGGGAACCAGUUCGCUCUCUGCUUCCAAGUGGACCACCUUCCUGAAGGCCAGCCUGAUUUGUGUCGACCCUGCCACCAAGGGCAACUUCAACUGGCUGCAAGAUGUCUUCUUUGUCCCGGCGAGUAACUGGAGGGACUCCAAAGUCUACGGGCUCUUCACAAACACCUGGGGAAGCUCUGCUGUUUGUGUCUACUCCUUCGGGGACAUUGACGAUGUGUUUCGGACCUCCAAACUCAAAGGCUACAACGGUCCCAACCCAGAGAUCAAGCCUGGGCAGUGCGUUUCCUCUGGACAGCACACCCCGAGCGAGACCUUCAAGAUAGCUGACAGCCACCCGGAGGUGGAGGACCGGGUGGAGCCCCUCGCCCCCACCAGGAGCCCCCUGUUCCACAACAAGCACCGCUACCAGAAGAUCGGGGUGCACAAGGUCUCUGUGAGGGAAGGACACCAAUACACCGUGCUCUAUCUGGCAACAGACAAGGGAUCCAUCCACAAGGUGGUGGAGCUGCCGGAAGGGGUGCAGAACAUCAUGGAGAUCCAGGUCUUCUCAAGGAAGGAGCCCAUCCAGUCCAUGAUUCUGGACCACGAGAGGGCGAUGCUGUACGUGGGCUCAGCGAGCAGAGUGGUGGAGGUGCCCAUGGCCAUGUGCGGGCUGUACCGCAACAACUGCGAGAGCUGCCUGCUGGCGAGGGACCCGUACUGCGGCUGGGCCGGCGGGCGCUGCCAGUCCGUUUAUCAGAACAGGGAGGUGCAUCAGAACCUGGACCUGAACCCGUGGCAAGGAAAGUGCCAGAAGGGUGAAGUUACGGAAGCAGACACCUACCAGAACAUCACGGUCGUCCCUUUCUCUCGCUACUACCUCAACUGUCCCAUCGAGUCCCACUAUGCCACCUACAACUGGUACCACAACAACACCCUCAUCAAGACCUGCAACAACACCCACCCCCAGCUGGACUGCUUCUACUUCAUCCAGAACGUGAGCCACACUCACUACGGCCACUACCUCUGCGUCUCGGAGGAGGACGGCUUCAAGCAGGCGCUGGUGAAGGAGCGCCUGGUGAACCAGCUCCGCUUCAUGUCGCAGAAGGGCCGGGCCACCACGACGCUUGGCUCCUGGCUGCAGCUGCUCCUAGUGGUGCUGUUGGUGGAGCUCUUCCACUGAACGGGACAGGACCGUGUUCCCACCUUCCCUGCUGCUGCUGCUCUUCCUGCACUUACCGUCCUGCCCCGAGGCGAGGUCCCGUUCUCGUAGGCGCUCCUUGGACACGAAUCUUUGUCUCCAGGGGGGUCCUGCCGCUGCGGGCAGCAGCCCCUCCAUCUUUGGCCUUGAUGGAAGAGAGAGUGGGAGGAAGAGGCAGCUACACGGCCAGACGGAGCAGGGGAUGGGGGCGGGAAGGGAAGGGGCACCCAGUCGCACGGGGGACACUUGCUGUGCCAGAAGCGUAAACGGAGUGGCUUCAGCCUGCCCCCGAGCACAUCCUGAGUGUGUACUGGGCGCAGACUUUGUUCAGGGGACUAUGCAGAUGUGCAUGCACUGAUCCGAUCCUCAGGGCACGAUGGCUCCUCUCUUUGGGAACGUGCAUGUGAUGAAGAGGAGGAGUCAGCCCUUGGCCUUUUGGACUGUUUGAUCUGUGCUUCUCUCCAAGUGGGGACUAAUGCCUCCAAGUUUUUUGUGGCUAACGCCUGCCCGAGCUGGCAAGCAGCUGGAUUU